AUGCCCGAGCUGAUGCCUGUAGCAGAGCAUGCUGGGACGGAGGGCACAAGGCACAAGGAAGAGCACAAGACCAACAUCCGUGGAUAUCCGUGGUGUGGGGGGGGGCGACGACUCAGGUUGACUGCCAAGCCCGCGAACCUGUCCGAGUCCAUGCGCUGCAACGGACCAACGAGUCCAGUGCACUUGUUGAUGAUGCUGGGCCCGUGGCUCGCAUUGGCUCGCGACCGGCUGCAAGAUUCUACUGCGCACUCAGACUCUUGCGUGCCACCUGGCGCCAUUGACGCUGGGCAGCCUGGGACCGCAAUACGCUGCAAUGCCUUGGACAGCUUCGGCUCCGCCUGUACAGAGCUGUGGCAGAGCCCGCAGGUGCCAUCAUGUGCGCCCAUGAGUCCCGAUAUUGUUUCCAUUCUGGAAGAGCUUCUGUUCUUCCUCACUCUUGUGUGCUUUAGCCCCUCGGCGAGCGCAACGGGCGAAGGCACACGCAGAUUGGUGAAGCGUGCCAGGCCGGACUCACGGGCCGCAGCGGCGCUUCUGAUCUGCAGCUUGGUUUUGGGAUGGUACAGUGUAUCAAUUACUCUGGUGCUGCUGAACAAAUGGGUCAUGAAGUCUUGGAGAGGCGGCCUCAACUUUCCACUCUUCUACACCAUGAGUCACAUGGUGUUGAAAGGUUUCUUCUCCUUUCUUUACUUGGUGAUGAGCUGUCAUCCUCCCGGCAAGCAGAGGCGGUCGGUUUGCUGCGGGGUGUCCCUAGUCGGCGUCAUGACGGCACUGGAUGUGGCAGCAUCCAACAUGAGCUUUCAGUUCAUCACUGUUGCCUUCUAUACGAUGUUGAAGUCUGCCUCGUUGAUCUUCAUCCUGGUCUUUGGUGCAGUUCUGCGCAUCGAGCAAUGCUCUGCCGGAAUUGCAGCCACGGUCGUUCUGAUUUCAAUCGGAAUCUUCAUUACAUCCUAUGGGGAGACAGACUUUGACAUCCGGGGCUUCUGGCUGGUGCUCGGCUCCGAGGUCUUCGCUGCCUUGCGCUGGCUUGCGACGCAGAAGACCCUACAAUCCAGCGGCUUAUCUGCUAUGCAAACGGUUUUCUACAUGUCACCUGCAUCGUCACUGACGCUAGCGCCUUUCGUGUGGGCACGAGAGAGGGACAAGCUGCAUGUUUUGGCAGAGCCCGAUGCGGCUGGCCAGUACUUCCUCCUUGUACUGCUGCCAGGUUUCCUUGCCUUCCUCCUCCUCCUCGUCGAGGUGCACCUCGUGAAAGUCACGUCUUCGUUGACAUUGGCAGUUUUCGGCAAUCUCAAGUCCAUCGUGACGAUCCUCUUUUCCAUCUUCGUCUUCGGCGAGAAGACGACGGCCCUGCAGUGGAGCGGACUGCUCCUAGCCCUGGCUGGAAUGUUCAUCUACGCGAGGCUGAAGAACCAGUCUGUGGCAGUAGACUCCUUGGCAUCACUUCAAUACGAAGUCCUGCCGCAGGAGGAGGACACCUGGCCCGACCCCGCUGCGACAUGUGCAGCGGAAGAGCCAGAGAAGGCGUCGGCAGGUCAAAGCCCUACCGUGCUUGGCGCCUCUGAGCAAAACGCACCGGGCCUGGAAGACUUCGCUACUUUUGACGAGCAUACCCUUGACGUGGACGCGAAGCCAGUGGGGGCUGAUCAGCCGGCAGGUGCUGCAACUCCACGACAGGCGGAGUGA